AUGCCGCCGGCUAUCAGUGAUGACGAAAACUCCGACAGCGGCGAUUUUGCCGUGACGAGCGACAUCCUGCCGAAGAAGGGGCGCGGGCGCACGCCGGCCAAGAAGGAGGAGGACGUUUCGGAGGGCGAUGAUGUCGCCGACGGCAAAGUUACAAAUGGCGAUGUCGACGAGGACGAGGACGACGAGGAGGAUGACGAGGACAUGGAUGAGGACGAGUACGUGGUCGAAAAGAUCUUUUCCCACUACAUUGCCGACGACGGUGAGCCUCGUUUCGAGGUGAAAUGGGAAGGCUGGAACAAAAAGUCAGACCGGACCUGGGAAACCGAGGACAACCUCCAAGAAAAUGCCGCGGAAAUCCUGCAGGAGUAUUUUAAGAGCAUCGGCGGCCGGGAGAAGAUCUUCGAGCAGACUAGCAGCGCGCUCAAGGGCAGGAAGCGCGGCCGGCAGUCCAACUCAGCCACCCCAGCCGAGAAGCGCUCCCGCAAGAACGGCCACCCGGCAGACUCGACCCCACCCGCGACCGCCAGGGCGGUCGAGUGGAAGCCCCCGAGCGGCAGCUGGGACGAGGAGGUCGACACCGUGGACAUGUGCCAGGACGAGGAGAAUGGCACAUUCAUCGUCUAUCUUACCUGGAAGAACGGCAAGAAGACGCAGCAUCCCAAGGAGGUUGUUUACAGAAGGUGCCCUCAGAAGAUGCUUCGGUUCUACGAGCGACACAUUCGUAUUUCCCGCGACGGCGGUUCUCCAGUUGCCAUCGGAACCAUGACCCAAUAG